UCUGGCCUACCUAGAGCUCAUCAGAGCCAUCUUUACACAUAAAUAUGAUCGAAAACGGUUUCCCAUUUAUUUGAAAAAGAGAUAUUUGAGAAAGAGAGUAUUAUUACUUGUCAUAGAGUGUUUGGCAAAACUUUGCGAGCAAAAGAAUUUUCCGAGAUCAUGGAACCGAUGACUCUAGGAUCGCCAAUGCACAGUCCUAUUCAAAGUCCCGGAAGUCCAGGCGGUACCUCCCCGUAUUUGCCAAGUUUUCUUUUGGGUGACACUAAUACCUCUUCAAAGAUCAAUGUGAUGAGCCCUCAAGACAAUCCACGCCACUUGAAUAUCACCAAUGCCAGUCUGAUGUCCCCGGUGUCCUACGGAUCUCCAGAUUACCGAUCCAAUCGUCAGAAGGCGGUAUUCGGCAACACUACAACUCCCAAUACGCCGCAAAUGAGCACGAAGAAUCACACUGGUGGACCACCGACGCGUGGACUGUUUGACACUCUAGACGUGGCGCAUGUACAGUUGACGUCAACCACUGUCGGUGUGACGGCGGCCACAACUCCAGCUGGCGCAACCACACCCAUGAGUCAGUCCAGAGUCAUGAUGAGCGCAUUAAGCAGUCCUCUGAUAUUUCCAGACCACUCGAUGAACUUGACCAUGAGCGAGUCGCAAAGUCUGCUGCAUUGGAUAACCGUCUUCGGCUUCCUACCAAUCGACAUUAACGCCGUUCUGUCCCAUAUCUCUAGCAGAGUUCGCAUAGUAGACAAACACCCAGCUCCGCAAUCCCAGAGCAACUGGAUACACCUGAAAUGCGCGUCGGAGCAGGAGGCGCAGAAGGCCCUCAUGUGCAAUGGCAGCAUUGUCUCGGGCACCAUCAUGAUCGGCGUCAUACCGUGCACAGACGAGGGCGUCGUUCUGGGCUGCGACAAGGAGAAUCGUUCCAAACUGAACGGAAGCAUGAGAUCGUUCUCGACGGGCAGAAUCAGUCAGUCUCCAUUCAGCACGUCGCCUAUCGUGAGCCGACGGAGGCUGAGAUCUUUAGCAGCGAGUUACAAUCAUUUAAAACCUUUUAGCCCGCAGGCCGCGCAAGUGCCGGAAAACGUUCCACAGAAGUCCGCCAGUUUAGUUUCGAAAGCAAUGGAGUAUGUGUUUGGCUGGUAGUUGGUUUUUUUUAGUAAUAAUUAUUAUACCGAACUUUACUAUUGUGAAAUAUAUAAAAAAAUUAUAGAAAUCAUGAGAGACAAUAUGUUAAUCGUUGGAGGUUUUUAAGUGAAAACUUUAACUGGAAGCUUAAAAUGAAAUUAUUAUCUAUUGCUCUGCAAAACGAACUUGUUAUCAUUGCUUUGAAUAUCAUUGCGAUAUAUGGGCGUCUCUACAAAGACUGUUACUAUUUUAAGAUUUAUUAUGAUUAUUAUAUGCAUAUUGUAAGACGUUAUAUUUGUAUGUAUCUUUACAAUUAUAGAACACCUGAUAGCCAG